GGGCACCUCUCUGUAGGCUCAGGCUGGUUCAGGUCUUCUCUCUCAGACUCGGAUCAGAACCAGAAAGGAUGGAGAAGCGCUGCAGAGUCAGCUGGCUGUGUGUCCUCUGCGUGGUCCUGGCCCUGCUCUCUGUGGCCACCAUCGUCACUCUGUGGACCAUCGCUCUGACAGGAAGUGGAGGGGAUGACGUCACCGCUCCUUGGGACAGCUUCCGUCUGCCUUCAGCUCUGCUCCCAGAGUUUUAUAACAUCAGCCUGAGGCCUCGUCUCAGACCCGAGCCAGACUCUGGACUCUACCUGUUCACAGGACGCUCCGUGGUUCAGUUCCACUGUGAGGAAGCCACAGACCUGAUCCUGAUCCACUCCAACAAACUGAACUACACAAAGACAGACCAGGGCCACGCUGCCAGCCUCUCUGCUGCAGGAGGCGGUUCUGCUCCAGCGAUCCGGUCCACUUGGCUGCAGCUGCAGACCCAGUUUCUGGUCAUCGAGCUGAAGAGUCAGCUGACGGCGGGUCAGUCGUACCGUCUGACCGCAGACUUCACCGGAGAGCUCGCCGACGACCUGGCUGGAUUCUACCGCAGUGAAUAUGAAGAAGACGGUUUCAGGAAGAUCGUCGCCACCUCUCAGAUGCAUCCGACUCACGCCAGGAAGACGUUCCCUUGUUUCGACGAGCCGGCCAUGAAAGCUGUGUUCUACAUUACCCUCAUUCACCCGCCUGAGACCGUGGCUCUGUCCAACGGCAAGGAGACAGAUGUUUCUCUUGUCUCUGCUGACGGAGAAGCUGCGCUGCAGACCAGCUUUGAGCCGACUGAGAAGAUGUCCACCUACCUGCUGGCCAUCAUCGUCUCGGACUUCACUCACCUGAACGCCACACAAGGACACACUCAGAUCCGGAUCUGGGCUCGUAGGAAGGCCAUUGAGCAGGGUCAGGGAAACUACGCCCUGAAUGUAACUGGACCCAUUCUGGACUUCUUCCAGUCCUACUACAGCAUCCCGUACCCUCUGACCAAGUCAGAUCAGAUCGCGCUGCCGGACUUUUAUUUUGGUGCCAUGGAGAACUGGGGUCUGGUGACGUACAGAGAGACCAACCUGCUGUUCGAUCCUGAGACUUCGUCCAACAGGAACAAAGAAACCACCGUCACCAUUAUCGCUCAUGAGCUGGCCCACAUGUGGUUUGGGAACCUGGUGACGCUGCUCUGGUGGAAUGAGGUCUGGCUGAACGAAGGCUUUGCCACCUACGUGUCUUACCUGGGAGCGGACUACGCCGAGCCGGACUGGAGCGUGAAGGACCUGAUGGUGCUGGACCACGUGCACAAAGUGUUUGCUGUUGAUGCUCUGAGCUCGUCUCAUCCUCUGAGCUCUAAAGAAGACAGCGUCGUCCUUCCAGAACAGAUCAUGGAGCAGUUUGAUACCAUCUCCUACAGCAAGGGUGCUGCAGUGCUCAGGAUGUUGUCGGACUUCCUGUCAGAAGCAGUCUUCAGACAGGGACUCAGUAGUUACCUCCGACAUUUCUCCUACGGUAACACCGUGGGCAGCAACCUGUGGAACCAUCUGGACAAGGCGGCGCAGGACAACAACGUGUCCCUUCCUCGUCGAGUUGACGCCAUCAUGCCCCCUUGGGUGCAUCAGAUGGGAUUCCCGGUGGUGACCAUAGAUACAAGCACAGGAAGGGUUUCCCAGGAACACUUUCUGUUGGAUCCAGAGUCCAAUGUCACGGUGGAAUCACCUUACGGGUAUGAGUGGAAGGUUCCUGUCCGCUGGAUGAAGGACGGAGACCUUCAGGAAGACAUCUGGUGGCUGAUGGGGAGAGAAGCUCUGAACCCCAAAAUGAGCAGCGGGGCUUCAUGGCUUCUGGCCAACAUCAACGUUACCGGAUAUUACCGGGUCAACUAUGACCUAGGGAACUGGGAGCGUCUGUUGACUCUGCUCACCUCAGACCAUCAGGUGAUCCCGGUCAUCAACAGAGCUCAGCUGAUGGACGAUGCCUUCAACCUGGCCAGAGCUCAGCUGGUCUCCACCACUCUGGCUCUCAGGACCACCUCGUACCUGUCUCAGGAGACUGAGUAUGUGCCCUGGCAGUCUGCGCUCAACAACCUGCAAUACUUCCACCUGAUGCUGGACCGGACUGAGGUCUACCAGCCCAUGCAGGAUUACAUCAGGAAUCUGGUGACCCCACUCUACCUCCACUUCAAGAACAUGACAUCCAACUGGAUCCACGUUCCUGAGAAACACACAGACCAGUACAACCAAGUGAACGCGGUCCUCACGGCCUGCAGGACCGGACUCACAGAGUGUCAGAACCUGAGCAGCACCUGGUUCAGAUGGUGGAUGGAGAACCCGGCACACAACCCCAUCCACCCCAACCUGCGCUCGGCGGUCUACUGCAGCGCUGUGGCUGCAGGCGGCGAGGCCCAGUGGGACUUUGGGUGGUCUCAGUUUAAAGAGGCGUCAGUGGCGAGCGAGGCGAGUAAACUCCUGUCUGCUCUGGCCUGCAGCAACCACACCGAGCUGCUGAAGAGGUAUCUGUCGUACACUCUGAACUCCUCCAUGAUCAGGAAGCAGGACGCCACCUCCAUCAUCACAGCUGUAGCUGCUAACAAGGCGGGUCAGGAUCUGGCCUGGGACUUUGUCCAGGACCAGUGGGUCUACCUGUCCACAGAUUAUGGUGUCGGCUCGUUCUCCUUUGCCUCGUUGAUCUCUGGGGUCACAGCAAGGUUCUCCACACCUGCUGACCUCCAACAGCUGCAGGACUUCGUGGAGGAGCACAAGGCUGCAGGGUUCGGCUCUGCCUCGCUGGCUGUGAGUCAGGCUUUAGAGAGGACUGAGGCCAACAUCAAGUGGGUCCAGCAGAACAAGCAGGAGGUUCUGGACUGGUUCCGCAGCCAGAGCUCAGAACUGACCGAGAGCCAGGAGGUGGGGCAUUUAUGAAAAGUAAAUCUGAAACAAGAACAAGUUCUGGAUCUGUUUAGGACCAACGUUUAACAAACAGAAUCCACCCUGAACCAAAGAAACAGGAAACUGCUCCUAAAAAAAGUGUAUUUGUAAAACUUUAUCUAUUAGUUUUAAACCUUUAAACUUGUGAUUAUUCAGGAUGAUGUGAUCAGCACUGCCCCCUGGUGGUCAGGCUGGAGAUGACAGGCAGCAGCAGAAUUGUUCACAGCUGUUUGUUUUCAGCAAUCAUUAGUUUCUGCAGCCUUUUAACUUCCAGUUUUUACAUUUCUACCUUCAGAUAAAUCAGUUUUUAUUAAUCAGUUUCAUUUUAUUUGUGUGCUUUUACUGAACAAGUUGUGUUUUCAAGUGUCCUGCUGUUAAACUCGUGCAGUUUAUUAUGAAUAAUGUUUGUGAACAGACGGUAAGAACAGGAAUCUGUCUUCGUGAAGGUGAAACAUCAACAAACAGAAUAAAGUGGAACACAUGAAGCCAGAAUUGGUUUUUCCUUCUUUUAUUUAGUAAAAACACAGUUCAGUUACAUUUACACAGAAACACAGAGCCAAGAGGAAACAGCAGACAGACAUGCAGUCAUUUACACAACCAGCACUGAACCACGACCAAAUCAAUAAAAAAACAAAGGUUUACCAGCGUUCCACUGAGGACGGGUCCAUGACCUGAGAAAAACAUUAAAGUCACAAACUGAAGGAAUGUGACGAAGAUCAAUUUUUGUCAGAAACUGCAACAUAUUUUCAAA